AUGACAACUACUACUACUAAUAAAAUUCCAAAAAUAAAAAAUGAAAACGAUGAUAAUAAUAAUAACAAUAAAAUACCAAUAAUAAAAAAUGAAAAUGAUAAUAAUAAUAAUAAUAAUAAUUGGGAAGAAUUAAAAUUAUUUAAAAAUAAAUUAGAUUUAAAAAAAACAUUAUUUUCAGCACAAUCAUUUAUUUGGAAAGAAAUAGUAAUAAAUGAAAUAGUUAAUGAAUAUGUGGGAGUUAUUGGUGAUAAUAUAAUUGUGUUAAGAUAUAAAGAAGGUAGUGAACAAGAUAUUAUUGAAUAUAAAUUCAUAGAUUCAGAGAAACGUAUAAAUCAUGAUAGUGAAUUAAUGAAAAUGCAAGAUAGGAUCUCAACUUUACAGAAUUACUUUUAUCUAGAUUUAGAUAUUAAUCAAUUAUUUAAAAAAUGGAGAAACGAUGAAAUUGGCAAUGAUGACAACGGUGAUAAGAAACUUCAUCAAUUAAACCACCAAUUUCGAAAAAGUUGUGAUAAAUUCAUCGGACUUCGUCUAACUAGACAGAAUCCAGUUGACUGUUUAUUCAGCUUCAUUUGUUCACAAAAUAAUAAUGUCUCAAGAAUUACAUCACUUGUGAAUAAGUUAAUCGUGGGGUACGGUUCGAAAAUCACAGAUUACAAUCACACGGAUUAUUAUAAAUUUCCAACAUUGAGUCAAUUGUCAAAUGCGACAGUAGAAGAAUUGAAUGAUCUUGGAUUCGGGUACAGAUCAAAAUACAUUGUUGAAUCAUGUAAACAAGUUAUUGAAAAAGGUGGUGAACAAUGGUUAAAUCAGUUGAAAUUAAAACCACAUUUAGAGGUACAAAAAGAGUUGACAACAUUAAUGGGUGUUGGUAAGAAAGUCGCUGAUUGCGUAUCACUAAUGUCAAUGGAUAAUCCAAAUGCCGUUGCAAUCGAUACUCAUAUCUAUCAAAUCUCUAAAAAAUAUCUACCCUCUCUAGCAAACAGCUCCUCUUCAUUAACUCCAAAACUCUAUCAAGACAUUAGUAACCUUUGGGAAUCUAUUUUCGGUGAUCAUGCAGGUUGGGCUCAAACUAUACUCUUUGCAAAUGAAUUAUCAGUAUUUAAAGAAAAAUCAAAAAAUAUUAAAAUUAAAAAAGAAAUAAAUCAAAAUAAUAAUAAUAAUAAUCUAAAAAUUGAAUUAAAAAAUGAAAAAGAAAAUUUAAAAAAUGAAAAAGAAAAUUUAAAAAGAAAAAUUAUAACAAGAUCAACCACUUCUACUACUUCUACUACAACAAAUACUAUAAAUGAUAAUUUAAAUCCUAAAAAUAAAAAAAAGAAAUAA